UGCGAUACCUGACGUCUCAUCGCCAUGCCUGACGCACGCCUUGUCGAUCCCAAGGCAACCUUUGCCUCCUUCAGCCAGAUCCUCGAUGCUCGGAUACUGCGAGCUCUCGCCGACAUGGGGUUCUCCCGGCCGACGCUUGUCCAGUCAAAGGGCAUACCUCUUGCACUUGAAAACCGCGAUAUUCUGGCCCGAGCGCGGACGGGAAGCGGGAAAACUGCUGCUUACUGCAUUCCAGUCGUCCAAAAAGUUUUGAACGCGAAAUCAAGCAUAUCCGAAGAGGACUCCAGACGACAGGCGACGCGCGCCCUCAUCCUCGUCCCGACGCGAGAGCUCGCGGAGCAGGUGUCCGCGCACCUGAAAAGCCUGCUCACAUACUGUGACGCAGACGUGGCGGUAGCAAAUGCCUCAACCGGAACCACCGCGCACCUCCAGAAGACACUCCUUUCGGACAACCCUGAUAUUGUCAUCGCCACUCCCUCACGUGCGCUCGCGCUGCUCCAGUCCAAGGACUUGUCCCUCGGGUCACUGGAAUCGCUCGUUAUAGACGAGGCAGAUCUCAUCUUGUCAUAUGGACAUGACGAAGAUGUUCGCCAGAUUUUCGGAGGUGGAUACCUGCCAAAGGUGUUCCAAUCGUUCCUUAUGAGUGCAACGAUGACGGAAGACGUGGAGGCGCUCAAAGGCCUCGCGUUGCGGAGUCCGGUUAUACUGAAGCUAGAGGAUGAGGAAGAUGAGGCUGCGAAUCUGACUCAGUACUCUGUCCGCUGCUCGGAAGUCGACAAGUUCCUGCUGACAUACGUCAUCCUGAAGCUCAAGCUCAUCAAGGGCAAGUGCAUCCUCUUCGUCAACGACGUCGACCGGUGUUACCGCCUCAAGCUCUUCCUCGAGCAAUUCUCGAUCAAGAGCUGCGUGCUCAACUCGGAGCUGCCCCUAAAUUCGAGGUACCAUGUUGUGCAAGAGUUCAACAAGGGCGUGUAUGAUUAUAUCAUCGCAUCGGACGAGAACUCAGGGAAGGCAGAGCAAGAUUCGAAUGAUGAGCAGGAGGACGAGGCUGAGGAAGCCGAUGACGACGAUUUCAUGUCUUCGCAACGUGAACCCGAAGCGAAUGGCGCGCCAUCAGAAGACGAUGCAGACUCGACGCCAGCCCAGUCUCUCAAGCGAAAAAAGCGCGCGAAUUCGCCCGCACCCGAGUCCUCGUCGUCGUCAAAACCAAAGUCCAGCAAGCGUAAACGGCGCAAGGGCGGCGGCGCCCCCGACGCCGAGUACGGCGUCUCGCGCGGCGUGGACUUCGUCGACGUCUCGUGCGUCAUCAACUUCGACCUCCCCGCCUCCUCCCGCGCGUACACGCACCGCGUAGGCCGCACCGCGCGCGCGGGGCGCACGGGCAUGGCGCUCUCUUUCGUCGUCCCCAAGGAGCUGUGGGGCAAGAACCGCGUCGUCGGGUGCGUCGAGAGCGCGAAGCGCGACGAGGAGGUGUUCGCGCGGGUCGAGAGGGAGCAGGCGGCGAGGGGGAGCCAGAUCAAGGAGUACCAGUUCGACAUGAAGCAGGUCGAGGCGUUCAGGUAUCGCAUGGAGGACGCGCUGCGGGCGGUGACGCGGAGCGCGAUCAAGGAGGCGAGGAUCAAGGAGCUCAAGACGGAGAUCCUGAACUCGGACAAGCUGAAGGCUCACUUCGAGGACAACCCGCUAGACCUGGAGUACCUGCGGCAUGAUAAACCGUUGCACCCUACGCGGGUGCAGUCGCACAUGAAGCACGUCCCGAAAUACCUCCUCCCGCGGAUCGCGCCCGUUCCGGGGGCGGACGCUGGCGUCGAGAGCGACAGCAAGCCUGCACCUGGACCAGGUGACGUUGGCUUCGUUCCGUUCAACAAAAAUGCACGAGGGCGUGGUCGUGGUCGCGGGAGAGGUCGAGGCGGUAGGGGCGGCGGGGGACCCGGUCGGGGCGGAAAGAAGAAAUCGGACCCACUCAAGAAGUUUGGCUAAUCUCGACGCUCACCUUGACCUGAUCCGUUGGUACGCCUGUGUAUACACUUGCAUGGCCCUUCGUCCUGCACUGGCAGCACCGUCAUAAGAUGCCG